CGAAAGAGCUACCAGUCACUUCCGGUGUCUCCGAAAUGCUUCCGGGCGCUGGCGUCUGUUGCCAUAGCUACAUUGCUUAUGGAGACAGAAGCCUUGGUGGGCGCGAAUGUUCCUUCAGUUCUAGUGCGGUUCUGCCUUAGUAUUAGAAAGGGAAGGCGGGAGUCUGUCCGGGAGUUUGUGUCUCUGGUUGCUGCUGGUGGGUGCGCUGAAACAGGAGAGUUUAGCUGGGCAUUAUAGAAAGACCAAAAUGCACAUACAGAAUCAGCCAUAGUUCUUUCUGCUCGGCAGCUCUUGUUUAUAUCUAUCGCUGAACGGGACAUGAGAAGACGAAAAUACCUGUUGCAUCGGAGAACUACAGAAACUUACAGAAGUGUAAAGGGAACACAAAUUUUAUUUUAAAGCGGCAUAACGUUUGUGAGCUUAUUUUUCACUUUAGUGAGUUCUUAGCAAGCCCAAGCCAUGGCUCUGUAUGAAGUUUACUCUCACCCAGCACUCCUUAGAUACAGAUCCAGCAUCUGUUCCAAAGCCACGCUGUUUUUACUUAUAGUCCUGUUACUCACCUACAUCCCUCCCUUACUGGUUGCAUUUCGCAGCUAUGGGUUCUGGUUAAAAACAAGUACCUAUGAAGAACAGCCCAAUGUCCGCUUCCAAUACGAUGUCUUGUUAAUUGCUUUGAGUAGCACCACUGGAAAUUAUCUGGCUUGGAGCACAUAUCCGGGAUUUAAUAACUUAGUAGGAGACAAACUUAGAUUGCCCCAUAUAUCCGCAAGAGAGGAAGACAGAAAUCAAGAUGGUAAAAUGGAUUUAUUGAACUUCCAGCUGGAGCUUCCUCUGCAACCCACUGAUAAUAUUUAUGGUGUGCAGCUCAUUCUGACAUUCUCCUACCAGCUCAGUAUGUCAACAUUUAUCAUGCAGAGCAUGGCCUUAAUCCAGUACUCCUCUCCAAUUCCUGGAUCUCAGCUUUAUAUGAAUGGGGAUUUGAAACUACAACAAAGGCAGCCUCUGAAUCACAGGGGUUUGGACACAACAUACAACGUGUCUGUGAUAAACCGAAGCAGCCCUUUUGCAAGUACCUAUGCACUCACAAACAUAAUAUCGUCUUACCAGGAAAGAAACGUGACCACAGUUCUGAAUGCCCCAAACCCCCUGUGGAUUGUUGGGAGAGCUGCUUCUGAUCCAUUUGUAAUAAAAGCUGUUAUCCGGUAUCCCGUGGAAUCAAUAUCAUAUGUGCCUGGAUUCUGGGAAAUGCUAAAAUAUGCAUGGAUUCAGUAUGUCAGUAUCCUUCUCAUUUUCCUUUGGGUAUUUGAGAGAAUUAAAAUAUUUGUUUUUCAAAAUCAAGUUUUGACUACAGUACCAGGCCCAAUACCAUCAUUGUAUAAAAGUCAUCAGAGCUGAUAACCAACCCCAUAUGAUAAACUGGAUCUUGGGUAUGCCUUUUGAGGCCUUAAGACUUCUAAUAACUUCUCUUUCUUUACUGUGAUAAAGAAGUGGAUUUUCAGGAACAUGAGAGGAAACCUAUUUGCUAUGUUGGAAUUAUUACAGCAGGAAUUUCAGACGUGUUACUGAUAAACUUCAACUCCCACAAAACAUGCAAAUAACACUAAGCGAAUUCUAAGGGUUGUAAUUAAGCAAGAGGUGAAAGCUUGCCUCAACAGCCCAUACAUUUAAUGCUAUGUUUUAAUAAUAUCUUCUUGGAAAAAUGAACCUAAAUGUACUUCCUUUGGUAAUAUUUCCUUCUUUCUGAAGAGAGUGUUGGUUUAAAAAUCCAGUGGCACUGGCAGUACAUUGGAUUGCCGUAUACUACUGGUACCACUCCAUCUUAAAUUUCUUCGCUCCUAGUCAUUUUUUUGUGGAAGCUAGAAAUUGUUUUGCAAAAUAUCUCAGUCUUCCCAAAUAUUUCAGUUAUUAUUAACUGAAUAUUUCAUUUUUAUUAAAGGGGACCUGUCACCCAAACAUAAAAAGCUGUAUAAUAAAAGUCCUGUUAAAAUGAA